AUGAACUUUAGCAAAAGUCAACGCAGUCGAGCCAGCAAAGAAAAUAUGGCACCCUCAGCCAGAGUAGAUACACUGCAGAGGUCCAAACAGCGGACGGUGCUUGGUGUGUUGUCAGAAAAUGAACUGCGAGGUCGAUCCCUCGGCCAGGGUGGCCAGUGUUCCAAACACAGCUCAACCUCAGAAAGCUCUCAACUCAACUGUCUGGGCUGCGCUUCCAGCUCCAGCUUAGAUGUAUACGUUGAAGAGGCUCGCGAAGUUGUCCUUGCGGCUUCUGGCGAAGAAGUUGUCGGAUACCAUUCUUACCAAGAUGAGGAAACCAAUGCCCUGCACAAUGAAGAUAUGGCAAUCAUGCUGGAGCUGAGUUCAAGUCCAUGCCAGGAUGCUUCUACGCCUUCUGAAUCUGAGGAGGUGUUUUGUCUGGAGUAUGCAGGAGAUAUUCACCAGCACUUGAGGAAUAAUGAGAUUAAAUUCAGGCCAAGGCCAAAGUAUUUAGAGAGACACCCAGAGAUCACGGAUGACAUGCGCGUCGUUCUGGUGGACUGGAUGGCUGAGGUGGCGAAGGAAUUCGAACUUGAAACUGAAACUCUUCAUCUUGCUAUCAAUUACUUGGACCGAUUUCUCUCCCUCAUUGGAAAUGUGAAACGAGGCAAGCUGCAGCUGGUUGCCACGGCUGCCUUAGUGAUUGCUGCAAAAUAUGAGGAGAAGUCACCUCCUAAACUCGACCAAUUUGUGUUCAUCACAGACAACACCUACACUAAGAAAGAGCUGGUCCGGAUGGAGCAAGCAUUUCUUAGUGUGCUGGGCUUCAACUUGGCGGCACCCACCAUAAACUCGUUCCUUCACCUUUUCAUGGCCAUCGAGUCUGUCUGUCCCAACACCAAAAACCUGGCCCUGUAUGUGGCGGACUUAAGCCUGCUGGAAAUGGAUCCAUUUCUACAGUACAGCCCCUCUAUGGUUGCUGCUGCAGCCUACUGCCUAGCUUCCUACACCAUAAAUACGUCUUUAUGGCCCGACUCUUUAGUGGCUUUUAGCGGAUACACGAUGGCUGAAAUUUCCCCCUGCCUGACUCACCUGUACAAGCUAUACGCCAGCGCAAAGAGUCGCCCACUACAAGGCAUCAGAGAAAAGUACAAAAAUUCAAAGUAA